AUUAAUGUAGAACUCCAUUUACUUUAUUUUUACUUCCAAACUAGCCCACAUUUAAAUUUUUUUUUUUUUUUGAAAAACCUCGAGCAAGAAUCACAGAUAAAGAAGAUGGAAAGCAUGGAGAUGAAGGAGGUAAAGUUCGAGAAUAAGGAUCUGAAGCACCUAGGCUUCGUGAAGGUGGUUGCUAUCCACGCCUUGGUUUGCGUAUCGAACCUCUACGAGUUCGCUAAACAGAACUCCGGUCCGUUGAGAUCCACCGUCGAAGGCCCCGUUACGACCGUCGUUGGUCCCGUCUACGAGAAAUUCAAGGAUGUUGCUGAUCAUCUUCUUCGAUUUCUUGAUAAGAAGGUAGAUGAGGCUUUACACAAAAUUGAUAAUCACCUUCCGGCCAAAGCUAAGCAAGCAAUUAACCAAGCCCAAUACUUGGUUCACAAGACAGCACAACAUGCUUGGAAACUAGUCGACGAGGCACGAACCAACGGACCACGAGGAGCGUUGCACUACGCCACAGCCGAGUACAAGCACCUCAUGGUCAUAAACUCAACCAAGUUAUGGGUCAAGCUGAAUCACAACUCGGCUUUCCACUCGGUGGCUGAGUGGGUUACUCCAACAGCAGCUAAUUGGGCCGGUAAGUACAACAAAUUAAUUAACGAUAUGAGUGGCAAAGGUUAUAUUGUUUUUGGUUAUCUGCCAUUGAUACCUGUUGAUGAAUUUGGUGAGGCAAUUAAGGUAGCUAAAGCAAAGGAAAAAGAACAUUUAAAUGAUCAUAAAUCAGAUUCUAGUUCUGACUCAGAUUAGGGACUUCACUUUUUUUUUUUUGUUUUUGUAAAUAGAAAAUCUAAGUAAUUUGUGUUGGUGAGAGGCAUAUUGUGGAAAAUUGUCAAGUUUGCCACUGUAAAUUGGGUGUGUCUGCUUGUAUAUAUAUAUGAUAAUGUUUAAUAAAUAUAAAAGUAAAUAUUGUAAAUACAA